AUGCCACCAAAGAAGCCUUCAACGCCGUUGCCCAAGGGCCAAGCGUCUCUCUCCAACUUCUUCGGAAGCAAAGCAACUGGCUCGAGCCCGGCUUCAUCUCAGGAGGCGCGUGCGAGCACACGCAACCCCACGGCCACUACGCCCACCAAGAAUGCAUCAGCCAGCAGCACUUCAUCCAAGUAUUUCGCCUCGAAAAACAGCACAGCAACCAAGGCUGAUCCGAUGGUCAUCGACGACUCGGACGACGACGACUUGGCUCUGAAGCCUCCUUCCAAACCAACGACCAAAGCGACUAACGGCAGCAUGGCUCGAACAAGUCCGAGGAAGUCGGCGGUCAAGCGCAAAACAUAUGACCAAGAUUCUGACGACGACUUUGUGGACAGCAAGAAGGGCAAGGCGGAGGAUGACGAGGAUGACGAGGAUGACUUUGCUCCAGCUCCCAAGAGGCCAGCUACCACUUCGUCGAAAGCCAAGGCGAGUGCUACCUCACAGCCUCCUCGCCGUGCUGCAGCGAAUGCCAAGCCCAUCAAGAUCGACGAUUCCGACGAUUCCGACGACUUUGAGGAUGCCCCACCACCGCCCAAGAAGGCAGCCGCCAGUAGUAGCAAGAAGGCUUCUCCAGCAAAGCCGCCCGCCAAGGCCGCUGCAAAACCAGCAGUAUCCAAGAAAGAAGACGACGACUUUGUGGAGCCUGCAGCACCUGCGCCGGCAGCUGGCAACAAGCCCAACUGGAGGGAGAUGGCUGCUAAGCGAGCUGCAGGUCCGUCCAAUCCUGGCUCCAAAGAGAUCCCUCAGGGUGCACCAAACUGCCUUGCCGGUCUCACUCUGGUGUUCACCGGCGAGCUUUCGUCCAUCAGCCGUGAUGAGGCCACCGAUCUGGCAAAGCGAUACGGCGCUCGAAUCACUGGCGCGCCCUCAUCCAAGACCUCGUACGUUGUGCUCGGAGAAGGAGCUGGACCCAAAAAGGUCGCUUCCAUCGAGAAGAACAAGAUCGCGACGCUCGACGAAGACGGCUUCCUCGACCUCAUCCGCACCCGAGGCGCCGGUGAGCUCGACGAAAAGACAAAGCAAAAGAUCAAGGCGGAAGAGGAAAAGAUUAAGGAGGUAGCUAGGAGCAUGGGUCCACCCAAGGACACCAGCGCAAAUCCAGUCGACAUGUCCAACAUGCUCUGGACCUCCAAAUACGCACCCACGCAGAUGAAGGACCUCGUCGGCAACAAGGCCGCGGUCGAAAAGCUCGCAGGCUGGCUCAAAGCGUGGCCCGACUCGUACCGGAGCAACUUCAAGAAGCCUGGCCCCACGGGCAUGAACGUCUACCGCGCCGUCCUCAUCUCCGGCCCUCCCGGUAUCGGCAAGACUACCUCCGCUCACCUCGUCGCCAAGAUGGAAGGCUACAUGCCACUCGAAUUCAACGCCUCGGACACACGAGGCAAGAAGGUUGUCGAAAACAUGCUCCAAGACACGAUCAACAACAAGUCGCUCGACAGCUGGUACACCAGUGUGACGCACUCUGCGCCGAGCGACAUGCCGCGCAUCCACGAACGCACGGUGCUCAUCAUGGACGAGGUGGACGGCAUGUCUGGCGGCGACCGCGGCGGUGUCGGUGCGAUCAACGCGUUGAUCAAGAAGACCAAAGUGCCCAUCAUCUGCAUCUGCAACGACCGCCGAAACCAAAAGAUGCGCCCGUUCGAGCACACGACGUACAAUCUGUCGUUCCGCAAACCCGAUGCCAACCAGGUCAAGUCGAGGAUGCUGUCCAUCGCGUUCAAGGAGAAGCUCAAAAUCCCCGGUGAAGUCAUGGCGCAACUCAUCGAGGCGGCGCAGUCUGAUAUUCGAUCGGUCAUCAACAUGCUCUCCACCUGGAAGCUCUCCAACGACACGAUGGACUUUGACGAAUCCAAACAGCUCGGAUUGGAAAACUCCAAACCGGGCCUGCACACCCCGUUCUCGCUCUACUCCGACCUGUCUUCGCCGGGCAUGUUCAACGCCACAUCCAGGAAGACGCUCAACGACAAGGCAGACUUGUACUUCCAAGAUCACAGCUUUGUGCCGCUGAUGGUUGCAGAGAACUACGUCAAGGCACGACCCGUUCUCGCCUCUCGCGAGAGCGGUCCUCGUCAACAGCUCAAGCAUCUGGAACUGCUGCGCAAGGCAGCCGCCAGCAUUUCCGACGGCGACGUGGUAGACCGCAUGAUCCACGGUUCGGAACAGCACUGGUCGCUCAUGCCGCUGCACGCCAUCGCCUCGUCGGUCCGACCGUGCAGCUACAUCUACGGCGGCACCGAGGGCGGCUUCCCCUCGUUCCCCGCGUGGCUCGGGCAAAACAGCAAGCAGCAGCGUCUCACGCGGGCGGUCGUUGAUCUCCAAGCAAAGAUGCGGCUGGUCUGCUCCGGAAGUCGACACGAUGUGCGACAGCACUACCUGCCUAGCCUGUGGGGGCGAUUGAUCCAACCGAUGGUGCAGAACGGCGCCGACGGGGUGGACGAAGUGAUCGAAAUCAUGGACGAAUACUACCUAGCCAUCGAGGAUCGGGAGAGCAUCCUGGAGCUCGGGCUGGAGCCGAACAACGCCGAAGCCGUACUCAAAAGCAUCCCUGCGCCCGUCAAGGCCGGGUUUACGAGGAAGUACAACGCGGGUAGUCACCCGAUCGCCUUCAACAAGGCGAGCGACGUCGGCGCCAAGAUGAAAAUCGCCAAGGCCGAAGUGCCCGAUUUGGAAGACGCGGUGGAGGAGGAGGUGGUGGAGGACGAUAAGGAGGAUGAGAAGGACGGGGACGAGGAUGAUUUGGCCAAGGACAAGUUGGUUAAGAAGCCCAAAGCGGGUGCUGGAGCGAAGGGAAAGGGAAAGGCGAAGGGGAAGAAGUGA